GGAAAUCUUCCAGUGUGCUGUGAAGGCAAAUGUUAGGUAGAGGUUGACUGUUGAAAAGUGUGUUGGUAUUUCGUUCUUUUAGUUUCCUUUCCAGAAAUUAGUCAUGAUUAGCAAAUUAAGUUUUCAGUUAUGUGUUUUAUAUUGUAUAUUAUCAAGGCCAUAGCAUGAGUAUUACCUACCAUUUAUAUAUAAAAGGAAAAGGAAAACAAAACUGCUUGCAGUAGUAUUGGAUUAUUCAGUCAGUAACAGAAUAGAAGGUAAAAAAAAAAAAAAAAAAAAAAAAAAAAAAAGAAAAAAAGUUUCUUUCGGAUUUCCCUUCUAAAUUAGGUCUCCUCUUGUUGCAGGGCGUCAUGGUGCAAGCCAAGGACAUUUUGGGCUUAUCACCUUUUCAAGAUAAUAUGGGAAGAGCUCCUGACACCAGCUUGUCACAUAGAAUGCGAGAGUUAACAAGUAAUUUAAGCGAGGGUGGUGGGUGGGUGGUGGAUGGGGAGCCAGGGGCAGGUAAGGGAAGUUACAGAAGUACGUGGCCUGAACCUAAUAGGGGGAUUAGUGAACUUGUGGGCACAGAGGAGAGGCCUUUCCCCUGCCCUUACUGUCCGUUGAGCUUCAAACGUCGCUACACAAUGCAGGAACAUGUGAGAAUACACAUGGGUUCGAGGCCAUAUGCUUGUCGCUCUUGUGGUAAAACUUUCACACAGAGAAGUUCUCUAUUGAAGCAUGUUCGUGUUCGUGUAUGCCAAAAACACGUAUUGCAGAAUUAAUAAAUGAUAUAUCACACUAAUGGCCAAAAAGAUUACUAAAGAGUAUUUUGUUAUGAAUGAAAUGGAUAGAAGUAUAGAAGGCAAUAACUGAAGUGAAUUGAUUAUUGUGAAACAAAUGCUGCUUUUAGGAUGAAACUUUAGUGUUAUAAAGCUGGUACCUAGUGAAAAUAACAUACACGUCUGUGGAAAGCAGAAGUGGGAUCGUUAAUAGUGUAAAAAUUAAUGCAUUUGUUUGCAAUACAAACAUUUAUAAAGAAUGGUUAUUACUAAUUACAUAGGAACAGUUUGACAAGGAUCUUGCAAAGGGGCUGGUAGCUCUACCAUAUCCUUCUCUCUCUCUCCCCCUUUUUUUUUUUUUAAACCUUCAUCACUCCCCCCUUCUCAGAUAUUCUCUUUGAAGCCCCUGAUGUAUACACCUGAGAUGCAUGUAUGUUGGGCGAUUCAGCUGGCCUUUAGCUUUGCACUUAUGAUGGUCAGGCUUA